AUGGACCGAAGGCAUUUAUUUCGGUUCUUACUGAAUGACAAUCGGCCAAACCCUCCACAGGAUACGGUGGUUUAUUUCACUGCGACAUUCCCUUACGUGGUUCUGACCAUACUCCUGAUCCGAGGGGUUACCCUGGAGGGAGCUUCUAAAGGAAUUGAAUUCUACAUCGGAAGCCAGUCAGACUUCUCCAGACUGGCUGAUGAUGAGGUCUGGAAAGAUGCUGCAACUCAAAUUUUCUUUUCUAUCUCAGUGGGUUGGGGCACUUUAGUAGCAUUGUCGUCUUACAACAAGUUCCACAAUAACUGCUACAGAGAUACCAUCAUUGUCUGUGUUGUUAAUUGUGCUACGAGUGUAUUUGCUGGAUUUGUCAUCUUCUCCAUCCUGGGACACAUGGCUCACAUACAAGAUAAGCCCGUUUCAGAGGUUGCCCAGUCAGGUUUCGGUUUGGUCUUCAUUGCCUACCCAGAGGCCCUUGCACAGUUACCGUGGGCACCAUUAUGGUCUGUUUCAUUUUUCUUCAUGCUGCUCACUCUGGGAGUUGACACACAGUUUGCAGGUUUAGGCUGGGAUUUACUGGCUAAAUUUAAUGGAUCAUUACGUUACGGACUGGAGUCUCGUUAUAACAGCUCUCCUGCAACUCAUCGGUCUCAGCUGGAUCUAUGGUCAGUCAAUCAUAAAAGAGACGAAACAAAUAAACAUAUUAAAUUUAAAGUACUUUGUGAAAAUUAA